GGAAAAAGGAAAAAAUAUAUAUAUAAUGAUUUCAAUCAAUCAAAUCGUUGAUGAGAUCUGCGAUAAGAGAGGAGACGAUGAUGUACAAUUACAAUAGUAAAAGGAGGAAGAAGACAAAGAAGGCUGCGUCUCCGUCGUGGUCGUCGUUGCCAGACGCGGUGGCUGUAAGUUGCUUGGCUCGCGUCUCGAAAUCAGACUACAAAGCGGUAUCUCUCGUCUCCAAGAGACACCGCUCCCUCGUAGCUUCCCCUGAGCUCUGCCACGCGCGGACGCUGAUCGGUUGCGCCGAGGCAUCUUUCUACGUAUGCUUGCGCGUCUCUCCUGACCCAACUACUCAAUGGUUCGUCCUCACCGGUGCUCGGCGGCGGCGGCGGCUGAGGCCGAUCCCAUCGAACCCCUGUCAGGCUCCGGAUUCAUCCUCUUUCGUGGCAGUUGAUUGGGGGAUCUACGUAAUCGGUGGACUCGUCGACGGUGAUCCCACUUCCGAUGUCUGGUUCCUCGACUGUUUCUCUCACACAUGGCGUCAAGUCCCGUCCAUGAACAUGGCUCGUGCUUCCGCAUCCGCAAGCCUUGUCGACGGGAAGAUAUACGUGGUUGGAGGGUGCGCUGAUUCCUCAAACUGGGCAGAGGUUUUUGAUCCAAAGACACAAACUUGGCUUAACUAUACUACGCCGGAGAUGCCACAGAGUAUCAUCCACCAGAGUGAGGUUAUAGAGGAGAAGAAGGUUUACGCCGUGGAUGAGGAGGGUCAAAGCUUCUACUUGUCGCCAAGUGAAUGUAAAUCCUGGACAAGGGGAAGAAGAGAGACUAAGCCAGGAAACAGAAACGAUUGGUGUGCCAUAGGGAAGUUGCUGUACUGUCGCGGUACACGCGGGAGGAUACUGUGGUGUGAGCCAGAUGAGUUGGACUGGAAAGAAGUGAAGGGUUUAGAAAAUCUGCAAGACUCUCUUCUCUGUGGUUGGAGACGCAAAACCAAGGUCAAGUAUGAUAUCAGCAAACUCUGCUGCAACUCUGCUGGGAACAUUGUCAUCUUUUGGACCUCGCAGAGUUUGGUGCUUCGCGCUGCUGAGUUUUCCUUGGAGAGACGCGAAGGAGGCGAGGUUUGGGCAAGCUUGAGUGGUCAGGUGCUGUUUACAAAGUUGAUCCCUUCUCAGAGUCAUUCAGCGUUAAGAACACAAGAUUCCUUCAGGAUAGUCAGAUUCUCUGUUUCUGUUACAAAUGGCUCAAAAAUUGCAUCUGAUCUGGAUGAUCUUAUAUGUUCAUCUGAUUUGCAUCUCAAGUCAACAGGAGACAGACCUUUAUACCGAUGGGGUUGCCAAAGUUCUUCCCAAAGGACAGUUGCAGUUGGAUCAGGACAGCGAAUGGGUCAUGCUUUCUUCAAGAAGCCAUUUGAGUUCACUUCACCUGAAUCACUCUCUUUCUCAACGCAUUUUGUCUGUGCUUUGGUGCCAAAGCCAGGAUUUAUUGGUGGUCAUGGUAUUGCCUUUGUUUUAUCUGCCUCCAUGGAUCUCACGAAUGCAGACGCGACACAGUUCUUGGGACUGUUCAACAUCUCGACUCAAGGAUCCUCUUCUUCUCAUAUAGUCGCUGUUGAGCUAGAUACUGCCCUCAGCGCUGAGUUUGAUGACAUCAAUGCUAAUCAUGUUGGUAUCGAUGUCAAUGGCCUUAUGUCUAUCACAUCUUCUCCUGCUGCUUACUUUUCUGAGAUCAAAGGUAAAAACGAAAGCAUACAGCUUUUGAGUGGAGAUCCUAUACAAGUAUGGGUGGACUAUGAAGGAAAUGUACUUAAUGUUUCACUGGCCCCUCGUAAAACUCACAAGCCAAGUAAGCCUCUUUUGUCAAGAUCUAUCAACCUUUCAGAAUCUUUUCCAGAUAAAAAGAUGUUUCUUGGGUUCUCUGGGGCUACGGGGACAUUGAUCAGCUACCAAUACAUAUUAGGGUGGAGUUUAAGCAGAAGCACAGUGUCAUUGCAGGCUUUGGAUGUUACUAAUCUUCCUCGAGUUCCUCGUCAUAGAUCUAAAAACGAGAAAUUAUCAACGCUGCUUAUUGUUCUGCUCAUAUUACUGGCGGCCUUAGUGUUUUUGGCUCUUGGAGCAGCUUAUGUCUACAGGAGAAGGAAAUAUGCAGAAAUAAGAGAGGAAUGGGAAAAAGAAUAUGGUCCACACCGUUUUUCCUAUAAAGCUCUGUACAAUGCAACAAAAGGGUUUAACAAAGAUGGACUUCUUGGGAAAGGAGGUUUUGGAGAAGUGUACGGAGGAACUCUGCCUUCCAAUGAACAAAUAGCGGUGAAAAGAGUGUCCCACGAUGCAGAGUAA